AUGCCCGACCCCUCUCCAACAGCGACCGCCGGGAUAGCACCACCAGCUGACGGCAGUGACAUAUCAAAAUACUUCGAUUUUGCGGAGAACUCGGACGUCACCGUCAAGUUCGGCGGCGGCCAUGAGCUCAAAGCGCACAAGAAAUUCCUCGCACUCAAGUCCAAUUUUUUCAACGCAGCGUUCAACAGAAGAGAGUACCAGUUCUACAGCAACGAGCUCAUGCUCCACGAGGACGACCCGCAUGCUAUCAAAGGACUCAUUGCGUGGAUAUAUUGCCUGCACGACGACGGCUGCGGCACCUACAAGCUGCUCAGCGACAAUGCCAACUGGAACUACCUCUACAAGAUCAGGCCGAAUGUAGAAGGCGUUCGCUACGCGAAGUACAUCGUCGACCUCUUUGUCGUAGCCAACAAGUACAUGGUGCAGACUCUUCUCGAGGAAGUAUUGCCACGUGGAGACGAUGAAUACGUCACGCGCGGCCGCAACUAUCAGUUCAGGUUGGCGCUUCAUUGGCUGUGGCUAAAGACGCUGCGGGAACCAACAGACAAAAAGUAUCCUGGACCGCUAGACGAAGUCGCUCGAUACGUCUACGUGGACCACGCAGAUUCUGCUGAAGAGCUCCGACCAGAGAUUGUUGGCUGCAUCAACCAGCACAUGGCGCACUUCAGGGGCUCGAAAGAGGCACAAGAGAAGUUUCAGAAUCUGAUGAGUUGUCUGUCCGUUAGGGCUCGAGACUAG